CUUCUGUCUAGGUCCGCUUUGAAAUGCCAAAGGGCAAGCAGCGAAAUCUCUGACCGGGUCUUGGUCGAGGCCUGACUUGACCUGACUUUACAAUGAUGUCAAUUCUCCCACGGCUAGAUCCUCGCAAUGACGGGAGAGCCUUGCAGGUUAGUAAUGGCUCUCCGAAUCCAGCUGAAAAGAAGUGUAUAAGAAGAGAGAGAAGACAACUUCCGUCUGUGUCCUGUGCUACAUCCAGCAAGAUCCUCUUCCAACAACCAAGUCUCUACAAGAUUCGAAACAUUCCAACAAAGCCGUAAACAGGGCCACCACUACAACUCCCUUCUAUACAAGAAUCAAGAUGGUCGAAUUCACAGUGUUCAAGGGCGGCAAGGACGGGAUUGUCAAAGCCACCUCCCGCCGCGAGAUCGGCCCGCACGAGGUUCUUGUCAAGAUCACGCACAGUGGCCUUUGUGGCACCGAUCUGCAUCACAAAGAGAUGGACAUGGGCCUCGGCCACGAAGGCGUGGGCAUCGUGGAGGAAAUCGGCAAGGACGUGACGACAUUCAAAAAGGGCGACCGAGCCGGCUGGGGGUACAUCCACAACGCCUGUGGCCACUGCAAGCAAUGCCUCCGUGGCGCGGAGACCUUCUGCUCGGAGCGGCAAUAUUACGGAUCGGCCAAUCUUGACCAGGGCUCCUUGGCCUCGCACGCGGUGUGGAAUGAGAAGUUCCUGUUCAAGAUUCCUGAAGCGAUCAGCUUGGAGGACGCUGCUCCCCUGAUGUGCGGCGGGGCGACGGUCUUCAACGCCCUCCAAUUCCAUGGGGUCAAGAGCUCCGACCGCGUCGGAGUGAUUGGCGUCGGCGGUUUAGGUCAUCUCGCCAUUCAAUUUGCUGCGGCAAUGGGCUGCCAGGUUGCCGUCUUCUCCGGCACGGAGAGCAAGAGAGAGGAAGCCAUGAGACUCGGCGCCAAAGAGUUCUAUGCUACCAAUGGACAGAAGGAGCUGAAGGUGUCUAACCCGAUCGACCACCUACUCGUCACAACCGCCUCACAACCGGAUUGGAACAUGUACCUCCCCAUCAUGGCGCCAUCCGGCACCAUCUACCCUCUCACCGUCAGCUCGGAAGACCUGAAGAUGCCGUACAUGACCAUCAUCAUGAGCGGCCUGAAGGUGCAGGGCAGCCUGGUUGCCGCACGGCAAAUCCAUCGGGAAAUGCUCGACUUCGCGGCCGUCCAUGGCUUGAAGCCCAUCAUCCAGACCUUCCCCCUGACAGAAAGUGGCGUCGAUGAAGCAUUUCAGACCCUGGAAAGUGGGAAGAUGCGGUAUAGAGGGGUGCUCGUGGCUUAAAUCGAAGAGCUUGGGAGAGGUUGGCGUUUUCAAGGGGCGAUGGAGUUUGUGCAUACGACCGAAUUGGUAAUCCCAUAGCUUCCUGAUGAAAGUGUUGUAGAGUGCAAUAAGAUGAAAG